CUUUCCUUCUUCUUUUCAUCUGCCCAGGGGGUAUAGAGGCUGGAUAGUAUAAUAUAUGGACUCAGCAUUCUUGACUCCCGAGCCCAGGCUCACCAUGAUUGAGUGGUUGACUAUCUGUAAGGCUGUGAGCCAAACAUUGCCCUUCUUUCUAUACAUGCUACCCCCCCCCCCCAAUUCAGUCUAAGGCACAGGUCUUAAAUGAAGCAUUGUCUCGGGGAAUUUCAGUAACAAAACACUCUUGUGACACCCAAACAAAUUUGUCUGGGCAUCAAUAAGCCUCAUUAAAGAGGUAAUUGCAGCAGUGGAAUUGUUUAUCUAAUUAAUGUUCCAGAACUAACAGAGGCAGCCCCAAGAAUACUCAGAAAUCAUACCAAGCCCAUACAAGGGGGUUUGCCCUCUCUAGGAACCACUCCAUAAAUCUCGAGAGCAGAGCUCAAAUUUUGCAUUCAUUUGGUUUCUGUUUAUGGAUCUUUAGACUGCUGGGGAUUUCCUGAAUCUGACUGGGGUGGUCUAAAAGGCUAAACUCUGGGACCCACAAACCUUUGGGGUCAUCCUCAAUUUAGACCCUCACUUGUGCCAGACAAUGAGUGCAUCUGGCUUUGUCAACUCCUUUGUCAUCUGAUCCUCUGAUUCUUCUCAGGGUCUUUCUUUGGGCUCCCAACUUGAGCUGAAGAAUGAAAAAUCUGGCGGUGGACCCUUCAAAUAAAUUCAACAAUUCCCUGGAUGCCUUUGAACAAUGUGGCAAAGAAACACCCUUGGAAAAUGUUCUUUUUGCCUCCUUCUAUCUUCUGGAUUUCAUCCUGGCCUUUGUUGGCAAUACUCUUGCCCUCUGGCUCUUUAUCCGGGACCGAAAGUCGGGCACCCCCGCCAACGUUUUUCUGAUGCAUCUCGCUGUGGCCGAUUUGUCGUUUGUGCUGGUGCUUCCCACCCGACUUGUGUAUCACUUUUCUGGAAACCACUGGCCAUUUGGGGAAGUCCCAUGCCGCCUUACCGGGUUCCUCUUCUACGUCAACAUGUACGCCAGCAUCUACUUCCUCACAUGCAUCAGCGUUGACCGCUUCCUCGCCAUCGUGCACCCCAUCAAGUCCAUCAAACUCCGCAGGCCUCUCUACGCCCACCUGGCCUGCGCCUUCCUCUGGGUGGUGGUGGCCGUGGCCAUGGCCCCGCUGCUGGUCAGUGCACAGACGGCGGAGGUGAACAGCACGACCGUGUGCCUACAGCUCUACCGGGAGAAGGCCUCACGCAAUGCUCUUGUGUCCUUGGCCGUGGCAUUUACCUUCCCCUUUGUCACCACCGUCACCUGCUAUUUGCUGAUCAUUCGGAAUUUGCGCAGCGGCCACCGGGUGGAGAAACACCUCAAGGACAAAGCCAUUAAGAUGAUCAUCAUGGUGCUCAUGAUCUUCCUGGUGUGCUUCGUGCCGUACCACAUCAACCGAUACAUCUAUGUCCUGCAGUACGACGGCACCCGGGCCUCUUGUGAGGCCCAGCGGGUCCUGGCCCUCAGUAACCGCAUCACGUCCUGCCUCACUAGCCUCAAUGGCGCCCUGGACCCCGUCAUGUAUUUUUUUGUGGCUGAAAAGUUUCGUGAUGCUUUGUGUAACUUGCUUUGUGGCAAAAGGGCCAUGACCCUGCCACCAAGUUUUGAGGGAAAGACAAAUGAAAGCUCCAUAAGUGCUAAAUCUGAACUGUGAAAGAGACAUCCAGAUUUAAAAUGCUGCCUCUCUGGGUUGAUUACAUAUGCCUCAGUGGCAGACUGUCUUCCUGUGCAGAGAUCUUCCAUUGGAGGGCACUUCUCCAUAUGUCAAAGUAGAAGAAUCCAGCUUCUUCCACACAACCACAUCCAACCACCCACUUACUGAGAAAACAGACUCAAAUAUUGGCAGACCACUAAUAUCCCACUUGGACACCUGAACAGUAGCUUCACCUGUUGCUCAGUUUCUAACAAGCUCUUACAUUUCUGAAAAGCAAGGACUAACAUGUAAUCAAACCAAGACACCUUCCCCCUCAGAAGAAAAAUUUUCAGCUAUGCUUAUUUACUGUUACU